AUUAUUGUUGUUUUUUCCAUCAUUCGAAGAAUUGCAGUAGAAAAAGUUAUUUUUGUUAUUAUUGUGCAAUAAAGUUUGUCAAUAAUUAAAAAAAUGUUAAAGUUGUGUGGUCAUUUGCUAAGAAACCAGACGAGACCUUUAAUUGCCAUAAGUGUUAAACAAAAUAUCAAUUAUUUGCAAAUUGUAUCAAAACCAUCUCUAAGAUGUUUACCUCAACGUAACGCAAGUACAUCUUUAGCCGGUCCUGGAGCUCCAUCAAUGAAAAAUGAAGAAAAGAUAACACCUCUAGGAUGGUUUUUAAUGCUGAUUCCAGUAACAACAUUUGGCUUAGGUUGCUGGCAACUAAAACGUAAACUCUGGAAAGAACAAUUGAUAAAGGAUAUGGAAACUUUAACCAAAAUAGAGCCAGUUGAUUUACCAGAAGAUUUAUCAACUUUAAAAGAUAUGGAAUAUCGUGCUGUUAAAGUGAAAGGUACAUUUUUGCACGACAAAGAACUGUUAAUGGGUCCUAGGAGUUUUAUAAGACCUGAUGGUGGAGAAACAGCAGGAGGUUUAUUUUCACAACGAGAUACUGGUAAUGGAUAUUGGGUUAUUACUCCAUUUAAGUUAACAGGAAGAGAUGAUGUAAUAUUAAUCAAUCGUGGUUGGAUUUCACGUAAACAUCAAAAACCAGAAACACGUUUAGCAGGACAAAUUACGGAUGAGGUGGAAAUGACUUGUGUGGUGCGCAAGGGUGAACAGAGGCCACAAUUUACUCCUGAACAUAAAGGAGGUGUAUUUUUGUAUAGAGAUAUAGAUAAAAUGUCUGCUUUAACCGGUGCUCAACCAGUUUUUCUAGAUGCUAGCUACGCAUCAUCAGUGCCUGGCGGUCCUAUUGGUGGUCAAACUCGCAUCACUCUGCGUAAUGAUCAUUUAUCCUAUUUAAUCACUUGGUACAGUUUGUCUUUGGCCACAGCGUUUUUGUGGUAUCGUACCAUAUUGAAAAGAAAACCAUUUUAGAAAUUAAACAGCAUUUCUUUACUUAGUUAAACUAUAUUGUAUCUUUAUUUUAUUAUUGUUUUUUUAAUUAUUCUUUACAUAAUCAUUAUAUGUAGAUAUGCGAAAAAGAAGAUUUCUAAGAAAAUUUUAAAUACAA